AUGAAAGGAACAGAGGUGGUGGGUGGUGAAAGAGUGGGAUUAAAGGAGAAGAAAGAAAUGGAUGGAACCAGCGCGGGGGGUGGAGAUGAGGUGCUCAUUCUGGACGCGGCAGAAUAUGCGAUGGGACAGGGAAAGUCUGCGUCAGAGGGCACUGAGUGGAGACGGUUGCUUUCAAGAUUUUCAGUGAUUGACGUUUGA